AUGUUGUCGUCGACGAUCGUGUUGAUCAUUAUAUGGUCUUGUCUGGGGCAAGUCAGAGCUAAAAAGAAUGACGACCUCAGCCAGGGCAACGACUUGUUUUCUUUCGUCACACGACCGGACAUUCGUGCCCCUCGGUUCAAUGUAACAAAGCAUCGACCCAAGCUGAUCCAUCCUGGAUACUGGUUUACCGGGCCAUAUACCACGUGGGACACGGCUCCUGAGCGGAUGGAGUAUCAACCAUUCCAGGUUGGCCCGCACAUAUAUGACGGCGAUGGCAACCUCGUCUGGAGCGGCGCUCACUUGAGCAAAAACCGCAAUGCCUUCGAUUUCCGAACCUUUGACGCCAACGGGACGACCUUCUUAUCCUAUAUCUUGCAUUACAGCCCCAGAGCGACCGACGAACAUCGGCACGGAUUCGGCGUUUUCCUGGAUCCAUCCUACCGGCGACAAGGGAAGGUUGCUCAUGAAAUUGGCCACGAGUUCAAUAUUCACGAGUUCGAUAUUCGCGAUAACGGCACCAAGGCUUUGUACUUCACGACGGAACGACCAGAACGGGAAGACAUCUACAGCCAUCAGAAGGGAUGGUUCGCCCAUGACUGCAUCAACGAACUUGACCUGACCACCAACGAGGCCAACUUCUCAUGGUGUCCUCUAGAUCAUGGAGUUACAUUGAAUGAGUCUUAUCACGCCUUCCCCGACCUCCCGAGCCUCAACGAAGGGGCACCAUGGGAUUUCUUCCACGCAAAUUCCAUAGACAAAUUCAGCAACGGCGACUUUCUCCUUUCUAGUCGACACACCAAUACAAUCUACCGAGUGAACCGGACGGACCAGUCGAUUGCGUGGCGGUUGGGAGGCAAGAUGUCGAAUUUCUCCAUGAACUUCAAUUUCUCCUCGCAGCACCAUGCUACAGUGCAGGCAGAAAAUGCGACAACGGUGACAAUCCUCUUCUUCGACAACGCAGCCGAUGACCAGCAUAGGCAAGCCGACACUUCGACCGUGUCUUCGGUGAAGCUGGUCGUCCUGAACACCGAAACAUGGGAGGCAACGGCAGUCCAGGAAUGGUACCGGCCGCACGGGCGACUGAGCGACAAACGCGGCAACGCACAGAUGAUGCCGAACGGGAAUGUCUUCAUCGGCUGGAGCGACCGAGGAUACAUGACCGAGCACACCAUGGACAACCAACUGGUGUUGGAGGCGGGCUUCCUGUCCUCGCGGUUCGGCACCUACCGAUCGUUCAAGGCCAACUUUACCGGCAUCCCCACCGAGAGGCCGGCCAUCCAGCCAUUCACGAUCCGGUCGCAAAGUGACUCGACGUACACCAUGACCACCACGUACGCCAGCUGGAACGGGGCGACUGAGGUCCAUAGCUGGAGGUUUUACGGCUCGCACAACGUCUCCGGCUCCUACCAGGUGCUGGGCCAAGCGCGCAGAACCGGCUUCGAGACCGUCUUCUCCGAACGGGGCGCGUGGAAGUAUGUGUAUGCCGAGGCCAUGGCGAAGAACGGCACCGCCAUUGGCAAGUCCGCCAUUCUGCCCGCUCGGUUCCUGCCGGGAUCGGGAUCCCUGGUUUCGCUGGUGGAAGAGGAACAGGAGAAGUCGUCGCUUCUUGCCAUCAUCGCCACCCAGACCAGUAGCCGCCUCCGAAAGCUGGACAAGGCUGCCAUUGCUGUCGGUUCGGUCUUCACCACGCUUGCAGCCCAAGUCGUCCUGGUACUGCUGUUCCUCGUCUUCCGGCGUUCGCGCUGGGCAGGCUUCUCUGGCUGGUCUGACGUACGCGAAGACCAAGUCCAGCUACUGUCCAAGAAAGUCAUGAACGAUUGA